AUGCGCAAGAUCGCGUUUAUUUUUGGGUCGGCCAGGGCACCAGACGCCCACGUCUAUGCCACUGAUACCCCUUCCUUCCUCUUGGAUACCAGACAUCUCAUUCGUGAGAUUGAGGGUCUUAGUAUCCCUUCAGAUGCAGCGCUUGCCACCUUUGAUGUGGCAUCACUGUACACAAACAUCCCAUUGGAUGAAGUCCGUGUCAUCAUUGAAGACCGAUUGGAUUCCAGACCAGAUCCAUCACCUCCCACUCAUUUUUUAAUGAAUCUCUUGGAUAUUCUUUUUGAGAACAAUUUCUUUCGGUACCAGGAUGUUUUCUUUUUACAAAUCAGCGGCGUCUCCAUGGGGGCGGCUUGCGCCCCCUCGAUCGCCAAUAUUUUCAUGGCUCAUUUUGAGAAGACGCUUCUUUUCUCUUCCAAUAUUUUUACUACCAAGUUCUUUGCCAUGGCUCUUCAGCCCAAUGCAACUUAUAGUUAUGGAUUCAUCCUACAAGGUCUCUCCAAUGAGCCGGAGCAUGAGCGUCUCUUCCUCCCCAUCUUCUUCUUCAUAUAUCUGAUGAUUCUACUCGGCAACCUGCUGAUUGUCCUCCUCAUCCACUACAACGUCCGCCUCUACCAGACCCCCAUGUAUUUCUUCCUCAGCCAUCUCUCAUUGGCUGAUGUGGGUUUUGCCUCCUCUACAAUUCCCAAGAUGUUGUAUAACCUCCUGACUCGUACCAGAACCAUAUCCUAUGGUGGGUGCCUGACCCAAAUGUUCUUCUUGGGCUUUGGAAACACUGAAAGUUUUCUCCUGUCCUCCAUGGCCUAUGAUCGAUAUGUGGCCAUCUGUCACCCAUUCCGUUAUGCCAUUCUGUUGAAUCAGAAGAACUGUCUCCUCUUGGCUUCCGGCUGUUGGCUCUUGGGUUUUCUCCACUCCCUACUCUACACUGUGAUGAUCAUCAGACUGAUGAAUCACAAGAACGUAACUCAGGUCUCGGAAUUCCUGCUCCGUGGUUUCUCCUCCAACCCAGAGGUUGAAAAACUCCUCUUCCCAUUCUUCCUCUCCAUGUAUCUGCUCACCCUCCUGGGAAACAUAACGAUAAUCUUGUUGAUCCGCGCCGAUCAUCAGCUCCUCCAGACCCCCAUGUACUUCUUCCUCAGCCACCUUGCAGUGGCUGACUUGGCUUUCGCCAGCACCGUCACCCCCAAGGUACUUCAGAACAUCAUCUCUCACAAAAAGACCAUCUCCUACUAUGGCUGCCUGGCCCAGAUGUACGCCAAUAUACAUAUUGGCAAUGCAGAUAGUUACCUUCUAGCAUCCAUGGCCUAUGACCGCUACGUGGCUAUCUGCAGCCCACUGAACUAUUCCUCCAUUAUGAGCUACAAGCGUUGCCUCCAGCUGGCCACAGCGUCGUGGACUAUCACCAUGUUCCAUGCCAUUCUUUAUACCUUUCUGAUGUCCCGUGUAGAGUUCUGUGAUCCUGGGGAAAUCCCUCAUUUCUAUUGUGAUCUGUAUCCUAUUCUGGAUAUCUCUUGUUCUGACAGCAAAGUCAUAGAUCUAGUAUUGAUGACGGAGGGGAUCGUUGAGAUCCUGGGGCCGUUUGUGCUCAUCAUCAUUUCCUACGCCUUCAUCUUCUACACCAUCAUGAGGAUACCGUCUGCCACCGGGAAGCGCAAGGCUUUCUCCACCUGUGGGUCCCACAUUUGCGUGGUGGUCAUGUACUUUGGUGGCAUCAGUUUUGUUUAUUUCAAGCCAAAUUCAAACCUUGCCGAACGCCAGGAUACCUGGGCUGCUAUGGUGUACAACAUGGUCAACCCCAUGGUCAACCCCUUCAUCUACAGCCUCAGGAACAAUGAGAUGAAGGCGGCCCUGAGGAGAGUCAUCAAGAGGCAUUUUCAUUAA